UGGAGUAAACACUGAAUAUGAUUUAGAACUUGUUCCGCCGUUCCGGGCUCUAGAAAUUUUUGAUAACCUCAACCUUUGGUGUUGAAUUGAAGUUAUUUAUUUUUUAAGAAUAACUAAAAUAUCUUAACAUGUCUUAAAUAACUUUUACUUUGCUUAGAAAUUGUGUGUUUGAAUUCAACUGGAAGAGGCAUCACUUGCAUUUGAAAAUUUGAUGGGAUGGCGUCUGAGGAGCAGUUGAAACUUUCGAAUUUAAUAAAAUCAGUGCACUCCAAUCUGAGAGAAAAAUCAAAAAAGAUAGGUGUUUCAGAAGCAUGGAAGGAACAUUGUAAGAAUAAUAAUCUAUUGAAAGAAUAUUCAGUAGCUAUGAAAACACUAGCAACUAAUUAUUGGCAAAGUAAUUUCACAAAAAAAUGUAAUGCCUACUCCAGAAUCGUAUGGAUCUAUUACUAUAGUCUGAAUUAUUUCAUUGGUAAUGAAGCAGAAAGAGAAAUAUUGAGACAAAGACAACGGGAAGUUGAGAUUGCUGAAAAAAUUGAUGUUUCCAUUGAUCAGGACUUACCAUUACCUCAACUACCUUUAAAAUUACUAGAUGUAGGAAGUUGUUUCAAUCCAUUUUCCAUUUAUGAAAUUUUUGAAGUUUUAGCUAUUGAUAUUGCACCUGCAAGUCCUUCUGUUGAAAAAUUAGAUUUCCUUGAAGAGGAAGAGGAAUCCAAUGAUUUACCACAUAGUUCUUUUGAUAUUGUUGUAUUCAGUUUAUUUUUAGAAUACAUCCCAUGCCCAGAUUUAAGAUUUAAGUGUUGUGAGAAAGCACUUACAUUGCUGAAACCUGAGGGUCUUCUAUUUAUAAUAACACCAGACUCUAAACAUGUUGGAGCAAAUGCUCAGCUAAUGAAGUCUUGGCGUUUUAUGCUUGCAGAGAUAGGAUUUUCUCGAAUAAAAUAUGAAAAGUUGCCUCAUAUUCACUGUUUGGCUUUCAGGAAGAGUCUUCAUCCAAAAAUAACAGAGCGUUGGGCAGUGUUGCAUAAAAAUUGUCAGGUUUACAAGAAAAUGUUCAUUCCUCAAGAUUUGCUUGACCAUAAAGCUGAUGAGAAAAAUUGUUCUGAUUAGAUUGAAAGUGAUGAAAUUACAAGGAAACAACAUAAUGAUGCCCUAUUGUAUAUUUCUGAAAUUGAAUACACCAGAAACAUCUGAGGACUAAUUGUUGUCGUGAUAUUAAAAUUGGACUAUAUGUUCGAUAGUUAUUUGGGCAUCUGUGCGGUUAGUUGUUACCGACCUUUCGGCAAGCAUUCGCCUGCAGUCUUCAGGGUACUGAUCUUGAGGAGAACGGAUUUUCUGGUUCUGAGAAGAACCAUUUGCCAAACUGCAUCUGUCGGAACUUGUACGCACCAUACUUUUUUUAGAGUUGAGCCCUGUUCAUGUUGGAGCAACUGACAACUUUUCCUUGACACCACCAAAUUAGAAAGGAGUCGGAACUCGAACAAACUGCGCAUCCCGAAAAUUCAACUACUGCGUAUGCCGGAAGUAAGGUGUACAUUAUAUUAAGCUUAAUGCAUAUGGAUUACUACCUAGUUCUGUAGACUAAUGGUGAUUGCAACCAAUCUAACCUGGGUUCAACUGGGAUAACCUCAAUACGAACUCUAAAAAAGUAUGGUGCCUACAAGUCCCGACAGAUCUAGUUUAGCAAAUGGUUCUUCUCAGAACCAAACAAUUGGUCCUUCUCAAGACCCUGAAGAUGACAGGGGAAUGCUUGCCGAAAGGUCAGUAACAACCAACCACACCGAUAAUGGAAACAGCCCAAAUAACUAUCUAACAUCUAAGCAAUUACUAUCACUCAUUUUGUCGUGAAGAUCCAUAAAUAGAGAGUGAAAUAAAAAACUAAUCUAUGAAUAAUUGUAAUAUUUUGAGAUUCAUUAAAUCCUUUUAACAUUA